UUCCCUCACACUAACUCCGAGGAUCAUGACAUACUGGAUAUGGCAGAGAAGAUAAGGGCACAGUAUAAGAAGACCUGUGCACUCUUGAAAAUACCGUCAAAUAAUCCGUAUGAUGCUGGUGUAUCAUUUUAGAAUAAUUUAGAUUAAUCAUUAUGGAUCCAACCAUGUUAAAGCUCCGUAACCACAUAGACUCUUUACUCUCCUACUUAACCCCUCUACUGCCGCUUGCCAACUGCCACAUGGUUGAGUUCCUAACUCACAACCAUUGGGAGACGCUCCUCCCAAAAGGGUUGAGGGAAACUCUGGACGGAAUGGCCUUGGAUCAAGCUGUUGAGGAGUUCUGGAAUGUACAGAAUGAGGAAUGUGGAAAAUCACCCCUCGCUCUAUGGGUGCAUACGGCGCGCAAGCAUUGUCUGUCAGUGAACAAUGAUUACUGCUUGUCAGUAGACCAACUAGAACAGCGGAUCAAGGAUAGAGGCGGCGUUCUGCCUCGGGAGAUCCCUGUCAAGGAGUUCAUGAAUCCUAAGAAGAGCUAUGAGGUUCGCAUCAUGUCUCGCCUUCUCUCCUUGCAUCACAUGGUGUCAGCAUGCUGCUCCGUGGAGGCCGGCGGCGGCCGCGGUCAUCUGCUGGUGACCGCCAGUCAUGGAUACAAGCUGCGCUGCCUUACAGUGGACUGCGACAAAACUAGUUUAACCAGUGCGGAAGCAAGGGGCAAACUUAUUCAGAAACAAUGGCACGCCAUAUCCAACACCGGAGCCCGCGGCACAGACCAUCUUCACCGUUUCGCGGAACUCUUCGUCACGGAGCAGACUGAUCUGGCGACAGUUGUGAAGGAGAGCUUUCCUGAGGUCGCGGAGGAGGACCUCAGCGUGAUGCUUACAGGCCUCCACACAUGCGGUGACCUGGGCCCGUCUUCCCUACGAAUAUUCGUCUCCCAAUCAACCACUAGUGCUGUUUUCAACGUGCCUUGCUGCUACCAUCUCCUCACUGAAGAUAUAAAGGAAUCUACAUUCUUUGACGACUUCCAGUCUGCAAGUGGGGCUGGGUUCCCCAUGUCCGAACAUCUUAGAGGUUUCACGCUUGGCCGAAACGCACGUAUGCUGGCGGCGCAGUCUUUAGAACGGGUGUUUGCGAAGCGGGAGCUACCCUCACGUAGCCUGCUAUACCGCUCUCUUUUACAGGCAAUAAUAAAGAAGAACAAACCAGAUUUCGUACUAGCAGACGGCAGAUUGAAGAGAAUCGGAGCUAAAAGUCGAGACUUCAACGAAUACUUUAAAUUAGCUGAUUCCAUUUUAAAAUUAAAUUUGUUUGACACUUUAUCUACUGAUUCCUUGGUAGUAGAAUAUUACCAGUGGAAAAAUAUGGUUCUGUUUUAUUUAAUAAGAUUAUGUUUAGCUCAAGUCAUAGAGAGUUUAAUAUUAUUAGAUAGAUUAUUGUUUUUGAAGGAGAAUGGUUUUAAUGACACGUUUUUGGUUAAGUUGUUUGAUCCUGUGUUGUCACCACGGUGUCAUAGCAUUGUAGCAAUAAGAUGAUAUGUCAAAUCAAAUUAUAUAUUUUUAUUAUA